UGCUGCUCUCCUCGCCCUCAGGAAGUGAAAGCCUUCCCAAGCUCCCAGUGCAUGCUGGGAGUUGUAGUCCUUUCCCUAAAGGCGAGAGGAGGCCGUGAGGUCUCCCUUGGUCGCCGGGAGUGGCUAGCUAGCACGUGGCUGGAAGGGGCGGCGCGUGCUGGCACCCGGCUCCCGGGAGCUGAGAGCUGCCCGCCCUGGCUCCCCCUGUCUCUGCGCCCCCCCGACAUGCCCGAGGAGGCGAGAUUCCCGCCGCCUAAGAGAUUCCGGCAGGGCCUUGGGCCUCCGAGCCACGACGGGAGGCGACUGGUGAUGCAGCCGAGUGCGGGCGGCGGCGGCGGCGGCGGCAGAGGAGGAGGAGGAGGAGGCCAGCGGCGGCAGCCGCCCCUGGCCCAGCCCUCGGCCAGUCCCUACCCCGAGGCCGUGGAGCGGCAGCGCCGGAGUCUGCCCAUCUUCCAGGCGCGGGGGCAGCUGUUGGCUCAGCUCCGAAACCUGGACAGCGCCAUCCUCAUCGGGGAAACUGGCUCUGGGAAGACCACUCAGCUCCCUCAGUACCUCUAUGAAGGGGGCAUUGGUCGCCAGGGCAUCAUUGCUGUGACCCAGCCUCGGCGAGUGGCGGCCAUCUCUCUCGCUACUAGAGUCUCAGAUGAGAAGAGAACUGAACUCGGGAAGCUGGUUGGCUAUACAGUGCGCUUCGAUGAUGUCACCUCAGAAGACACCAGGAUCAAGUUCCUGACAGAUGGCAUGCUUCUGCGGGAAGCAAUUUCAGACUCCCUGCUUCGGAAGUACAGCUGUGUCAUUUUGGAUGAAGCCCAUGAACGGACUAUCCACACGGACGUGCUCUUUGGCGUGGUGAAAGCUGCACAGAAGAGGCGGAAGGAGCUGGGGAAGCUGCCUCUCAAAGUGAUUGUGAUGUCAGCUACGAUGGAUGUGGACCUGUUCUCUCAGUAUUUCAAUGGAGCUCCUGUCCUCUACCUGGAGGGUCGGCAGCAUCCAAUCCAGAUUUUUUACACCAAACAGCCUCAGCAGGAUUACUUGCACGCCGCCCUUGUCUCAGUCUUCCAGAUUCACCAGGAAGCCCCUUCCUCGCAGGACAUCCUGGUGUUCCUCACGGGCCAGGAGGAAAUCGAAGCCAUGAGCAAGACCUGCCGAGACAUUGCAAAGCACCUCCCGGACGGCUGCCCCUCCAUGCUGGUCCUGCCUCUCUACGCCUCCCUGCCCUAUGCCCAGCAGCUCCGCGUCUUCCAGGCGGCGCCGAAGGGCUAUCGCAAAGUGAUCAUUUCAACCAACAUCGCUGAAACCUCCAUAACCAUUAAAGGAAUAAAAUAUGUAGUUGACACGGGCAUGGUUAAAGCAAAGAAGUAUAACCCUGACAGUGGCCUGGAGGUGUUAGCUGUGCAGCGGGUGUCCAAGACGCAGGCGUGGCAACGCACCGGACGUGCUGGCAGAGAGGACAGUGGCGUCUGUUACCGGCUCUACACAGAGGAUGAGUUUGAAAAGUUUGAGAAGAUGACCGUGCCAGAGAUCCAAAGGUGUAACCUGGCGAGCGUGAUGCUGCAGCUCCUAGCCAUGAAAGUCCCCAACGUGCUCACCUUCGACUUCAUGUCCAAACCGUCUCCAGAUCACGUUCAGGCGGCCAUCGCCCAGCUGGACCUGUUGGGUGCUCUGGAGCACAAGGAUGAGCAGCUCACCCUGACUCCACUCGGAAGGAAGAUGGCAGCGUUUCCCUUAGAGCCCAAAUUUGCCAAAACCAUCCUCCUGUCCCCCAAAUUCCACUGUACGGAGGAGAUACUGACCAUCGUCUCCCUGCUGUCCGUGGACAGCGUCCUCUACAACCCGCCCUCCCGGCGGGAUGAAGUGCAGGGUGUCCGGAAGAAGUUCAUCUCCAGCGAGGGCGAUCACGUCACCCUGCUCAAUAUCUACCGGACCUUCAAAAACUUGGGUGGAAAUAAGGAAUGGUGCAAAGAGAAUUUUGUCAACAGCAAGAAUAUGAUGCUAGUAGCUGAAGUCAGAGCCCAGCUGAGGGAUAUCUGCGUAAAGAUGUCCAUGCCCAUCCUGUCGUCCCGGGGAGACAUGGAGACGGUCCGCCGCUGCCUGGCUCACAGCCUCUUCAUGAGCACCGCUGAGCUCCAGCCAGACGGGACCUACGCCACCACAGACACGCACCAGCCGGUGGCCAUCCACCCCUCGUCCGUCCUCUUCCACUGCAAGCCCGCCUGCGUGGUGUACACCGAGCUGCUGCACACCAACAAGUGCUACAUGCGCGACCUCUGCGUGGUGGACGCCGAGUGGCUGUACGAGGCCGCCCCCGACUACUUCCGCAGGAAGCUGAGGACCAGCAGGAACUGAGCCACGGCCUGGGAGCUGGGGCCACAGCCGUCCUCCCAGCCGACUUCCCGCUCGGCGCCUAAGAGGCAGCGGGUUUUAACCUACCAGAACGUGCCCGACUUCCUGGAGCUUACAAGUGUCUUCUUUAAACUCCUUAGGCUGAAUGAAUCAUGUAGACGGGUAUAUGCUAUUUGUACCUUUGAAACAUCAAAAUUGUGCUUUAGGUCCUUGCUGGGUGACUUUGGGUGACAUAGUUAACUUCUGAGCCUCAGUCUCUUAUAUGCUAAAGGGAGCAAUAAUCCUUAUAGGGUUGGAGUCAUGAGGUUAGGGAAAAUGAAAGAUGAGCAUACAAUGAAUUGUUGGCUUCAUCUUCCUGCUUUUUACAUAAUGUCAAUUGAGUACCACAAGAUCCCCAGUUCUCGAGACUAAGGGGGACUUUCUAGAAGGGACUGUGGGAGGGCACAGAGCUGUUGUUUUGGAUCUAUUUUAAUGUCUGUCUGUAGAGUAUUUUUUUAAUCCUCACCCAAGGAUAUAUUUUCCACUGAUCUUCAGAGAGAGUGGGAGGGGGGGAGACAGAGAGAGAGAAACAUCGAUGUGAGAGAAACACAUUGAUUGGUUCCCUCCUGCA